AUGGGCAGGAGCGAAGCGGCCAGCGGACAAGCAGCGUCGUCUUCCUCGUCGUCCAACAUGGCUGCUGCCACAAUUAGCGGACAGCGUGAGAAGAUGACACGUCGAAAAUCGGUUGUUGGUUGUGGGGUGGGACGCCCUAAUGCCUCGAGAAACUCGCCAGCGACAUGGUUCUACUCAUUCCCCGCCAACAAGAACGACCUCCUCCAAACUCUACUGAAUGCGGAAUCGGAGGAUAGUCCGCGGAUCAAUCACCAGCCCGACGGGAAGCAAGAUACUCACCAAAAAAAGGUCCACCCAACCUGCUACACACGGACUCUGUCGAAUGGUACUCUAUUUAUAAUAUCUGCGAUCGAUGCAGUGGCUUCGCCGCUGUCCUUCACCACCUACCUUUUGGCUAUGCAUCAGGACAUACAGGACCGCCUGAGGAAAGAAGUGCGACAGGUCCUGGCGAAAGAUGGAGAACUAACCUAUGAAAACGUCUGCGGAAUGGAAUACCUUGGUCAGGUCAUAUCAGAGAGCCUUCGAAUGUUUCCGUCGCUUCAUGGAUUCGUGCAGCGAACCUGUGAUGAGGAGUACGAAUACAAAGGCAUGCGAUUUCCCAAGGGCACCAUCAUCGGCGUUCCUGUGCUCAAGAUGCAUUACGACUCUAGGUUCUGGACUGACCCUGAGAAGUUCGACCCAGACAGGUUCAGCAGUGAAAACAAGCACAAGAUAAAGCCAAUGGCGUACCUUCCCUUCGGUGCCGGACCAAGGAACUGCAUCGCUUCCCGUUACGCUGAGCUGUUUUUGCGUGUGUCCGUUGCCACGGCUGUCUCCAGGCACAAAUUUUUGCCAAGUGAACAAGAGCCAAAGACAACAAGCAGCUUCCGCGCAACCUUCAUCGUGAUGGUUCCCAGCAAAGGAAUUUGGCUGCGGACGGAGACGCUUCCAUCGGCGUGACCCCGAACUUGCACUCUGCUAAUUUUAACAUAUGAAAUAUGUUAAAUUAGCAGAGUGUCAUAUGACAUAUGACUCUCCACGUGAUUUCCUCUGGGUCCUGUAGAAGUAUUUUGUACGAUACUGUAUUGAUCUGGAGUUGUAC